GACGCGCGUGCGCAGUGGAAGCGAACCUUCUCUCGCCUGUAGUUGGGCUCCUCUUCUCUUUCUUCCCGCCAUUUUGUCUGAGGGGACAACCAGGAAAAGGAGCCCGAAAGAGAAGCGCGACGUCGCCACUGAGAAGGUCUCGGGUUGCUCUCGUCUUCUGAGAGAAAUCUUGCGGCCGCUGUGUGAGGGAUGGCUGAGUCGGCGGCGACGGCGGCUCCAGGUGUGGAAGGCGAAGAGGCCUCCUCGCCUUCCUCCUCCUCCUCCCGACGCCUGGCCGAGCUCCGCGUCAUCGACCUGCGGGCCGAGCUGAAGCGCCGCAGCCUGGACACCGCCGGCAACAAGAGCGUCCUCCUCGAACGCCUCCGCAACGCAAUUGAGGAAGAAGGAGGAAAUCCUGAUGAAAUUCCCGUUGCUUCAGAGAGUACUCCAAAGAGAACCCCCAAAAGAACUGUGAAAGGGCGUAAACCGGAGGAAGAAUGUGGAGAUGACAACGGUUUGGAGGAGAAUUCGAGAGACGAACAGGAGGAUAUUGAAGCAAGUUCAGAAAACUUGCAGGAAAUGGACAUGGGGGACAUGAGUGUUCUCGAGGAAGCUGAAAUAGACAACUCCAGUGCUGUUGACGGUGGAGAUGACUACAGUUCCGAAAACAUUCUUGACUCUGAUAAAGACAAUAUUGAUGUUGAAAUGAAAGAACUUCCAGAGCAGCUAAUGGAGAGCGAGGAGAAUGGUGAUGAGCUCGAUGACCAGCUAGAAACUGCUGCCCCUGAUUUAGCAACUGUGAAGGAUUUGGAAGAGCAGCGUUUGGAGCCAGAAAAUGAGAAAAUGCUCGACAUUUUGGGUGACACUUGUAAAUCUGAGCCCCUUAACGAAGACCCUCCGGAAGCGGAGCAGGAAGCGCAUGAGCCGUUGCCGGUGGGCCAAGAGGAAGAGGAAGAGGCGCUUGGCGGCACCACCGCUCGGCCGGACGAAGAGCGUUUAGAUUCGGAGGGCAAGAAAAAGAAAGAGGAAGAUCAAGAAGAAGAGAAAGAAGAAGAGGAAGAGGAAAGCAAGGCCUUAGUGGUAGCAAAAGGGGAGCUGAGCGGAGAGAGUGUUAAGGAAGCCACAGUGGACUCUGACUCUUUAGCCUUAGCGAGCAGGAGUGAAGGAGGAGGAGAUGAGAGUAGCAGAGGAGCCCAAACUCUGGAAGCCAGUAGUGAGGAAACCGCGGAGGAGGAGAAGGAGACGGAGACAAGGCCCCAAGGGGGGAGCCCCGAGGAGGCCGUGAAGACGGAAGCCCAGGCUCAGGGUCAGGAGGAGGAGCAGGAGGAGCAGGAGGAAGAGUCCUCUGCCACUAAAGAGCCCUCUGCCCAAGAGGGUGGUGAUCUGAACAUGAGUUCUGAGGAGACCAGAGAGUCAACACUGGCUUCAAAAGAGGAAAGAGGCCGCAGUGCUAGUAGUAGCAGCAGCGCAAGUUCUGGCAGGAACUUCUGGGUGAGCGGCCUGGCAUCCACCACCCGAGCAACGGACUUGAAAAACCUCUUUAGCAAAUAUGGAAAAGUGGUUGGUGCCAAAGUGGUGACCAACGCCCGCAGCCCUGGCUUGCGGUGUUAUGGAUUUGUGACGAUGUCCACCUCCGAGGAGGCUUCAAAGUGCAUCGCCCAUUGUCAUAAAACUGAGUUACAUGGGAAAAUCAUUUCCAUUGAAAAGGCCAAAAACGAGCCAGCGACAAAGAAGCUCUUGGACAAAAAGGAUGGUGAUGCUAAGGAGGAUGCAUCCCCUGGUGAGAGAUCUGCCAGUAUAAAAAAGAGCGAGAAAGAUGAUGCUGAUAAAUCAGAGGAAAAGGAGAAAGAGGAUUCAAAAUCUGGAUCGACAGAUCCGUCCAAGACUGGAAAAUCAGGAAACAAAGGGACGGAAAGGACAGUGAUCAUGGAUAAAUCUAAGGGGGAGCCUGUUAUCAGUGUGAAAACAACAAGCAGAUCAAAAGAGAGAAGUGCUAAGAGCCAAGACCGCAAAUCGGAGAGCCGAGAAAAGAGCCGAGAGAGGCAAGGGAGUGUGCCCUUCAACAGAACAAGAGAGAAACGAUCGAGCGAAGAACCGCACCGAAGCUCCCGCGACCGCCGGGACCGGCAGCAGCGUUUGCAGGCUAUCUGGGAGCAGGAGGAGAGGGAGCGGCUGGAGAUUGCCCGGGACAAGCUGGAAUUUGAGCGGGUGCGCCUGGAGCGGGAGCGGAGUGAGCGGGAGCGGCUGGAGCGAGAGCGCAUGCGCAUCGAGCGGGAGCGCAGGCGGGAGCAGGAGCGCAUCCAGCGGGAGCGGGAGGAGCUGCGACGGCAGCAUGAUCAGCUGCGCUAUGAGCAAGAGAGGCGCGUGGCUGUGCGGAGGCCCUACGACAUCGAUGGGAGGAGGGAAGAUGCCUACUGGCCCGAGGCAAAGCGGAUGGCAAUGGAUUACCGCCACCGCUCCGAUUUCAGCCGCCAGUAUCGAUUCCAUGACGUCGAUUACAGAAGAGAAGGAUCGCGAGGAAUGAUGGGAGACCGAGAUAUACCGCAUUACACAGAUGAGCGCCACCGGGAUUCUCGGGAUGGAUGGAGCAGCUAUGGCUCUGAAAGGCGUGUGAGCGAAGGGAGAGAUGGACGCGAUUGGGGGGAUCGAAAAUUUGAGGACCGUUCCUGGCAAAGUGGCAGCGAUGAUGGCGGAUCCCUGGGGCGGGAUCCUGAACGAUGGCGAGGCAGGGGCAGAGGAAGACGGGCUCGUGUCAGUUAUCGUGGCAGGAUGUCUGGGCGUGGAGGCUUCCUGCCGAGUGACCCAUCAGGCCCAUCAUCGCCCAGAGGGGAGACCCGAGGUGAAGGCUUCUCGGGACAAGACCGAGGGGACCGUCCCAGCGACCCUCGCUUCAGCCGCCGUUACUGAAUGUUUUCACUGUUUUAUGAGGUCUUUUGUUGGGGGGGGCUUUCCCCCACCCCACUCCCCUUCUCCUAAACUGUACAAAUGGCAACAGAAAGAAGGAAACCGAGACAAACACACACACACACACACACACACACAACUCCUCGGUGAACCACUGACUGUGACUGUUUUUAUGUUUACUUCCAUCUCACUUGACAUGUGAAGCAGCCAUUUCUGGGUAAUGUGUCCCUGUCCGUGCCGCAUCCAUUCCUUCCUUCCCCUUUUGCCCUUGUUUAAAAUAAAAAGAAUCUGUGUUUCUUUUAGAAAGGCAUUCCAUUUUCUAUAAAAUAAAAACAAGUUUACAGAGA